AUGGAGCAUUCUGCAGAUAGCUUUGAGUAUUUGCUUCAUUUAACGAAAGGACUGAGUACAGAAUGUAGAGCUACAAGACAAGGAACAGGAAGAAUAGAACACCUAUUACAAAGGCUAGCUAAACUAACUCAAACAUCAUACGAAGACUUGUCAAACGAACCUGAGCCAGAAGUUUGGGACAAAUAUAGCAAGAUUAGCAUUGACAGUGAGAAAGAGAGGCUGAUACGGGAGAACUACGGGCUAGUUUACCACAUUGAACGACAAGAGUAUGUAUGCAAAAGAAUAUGGGCUCUCAUUGAUCAGAUUGAGGAUUUGCUAGAGUCGAUUAAGCAAUUUGUAGUCGAGCAAAAGGCUCACAGAGUGCGCGUAGAGUCUCAAUUCAUGGAAGGCAUUGUGAAUUCUCGAAUCUCAGCAGUUGAAAUAAGUUCAGAACAUUUAAGGGAAACUCAAGACGUCGCCCGUUUUAAGCUAGACUUGCUGGUGGACGAAUUACGCGAUGUUGUAAAAAAUAUCGACUGGUCCCAAAAGAGCGCUUCUGAAGAUAUGCAAAGUUUGUGGUCGAAAAUACUGCGAUUACAAGGUAAAUAUAAACUAAACUUAACAAAUUAA